GGCUUUGCCCAGGCUGCCAACCUGAAAUUCCACGUCGGAGACGAGAGCCCGUUCCCUAGCUGCCGGGCAGCCGACUAUGGUUUUCAUGUGCUCCCUUUCUUUAAUCUCAUGAGCAGCAGCUGGCUGACAAGCGAGGACCUGGAGCUGCAGCAGGCUGCGGUCAAGGCGCUGGGACCCGCAAUGGGCCUCCUUCUCCACCAUGAGAGGCAUCGCAAUACUGUUUUUGAGAGGCUCCCCUGUCUCCUGCAGCAAUACGAGGGAGGGGUCGACAAUCUUCAUGUCACCAUGAGUCUGAGCCAGCUCUUGGAGGUAGCCUAUGAUUUUGAGGUCCCUCUCCCCGAUGGGAAACUCAAGAGCAUCUGCUUUGCCCUGCACACCCAGGUGUGUGAUAUCGCACAGCUGCCGGGCUCAGAGAACCAGGUCAAGGUGUUCUACUGUCUCCGCCUGCUGGGUAAGCAGAGGGGGCUCCAAGUGACAUAGGGGUUUCCUUCAAACCUCCCUGCUCUGUGCCAAACCCUGGACAGGGGAAUGAGAACGAGGAGUGCUGAGGCCACUGAGGUUUGCUCUUCUCCCCUGCAACCUGUCUCUCCCCAGACCAAUUUAUUUCCUUUGUGGGCUCCCGCCUCAAGACUGACAAAGAGGGAAGCUGCAUGGCAUCCCUCUCCAUCUUUAGCGGCAUCAUUGCUGCUGACUGUAAGUAUGACCAGAGCAAAUGUGCUGACUGCUGUCUUGGCUGACCCUUCAGGAACUGAGUUAGGACUGUCCAGGCCGAAUGACCUGUCCUGCUCUAGCUGCGCUCAAGAGCCCUGGCUGUAGAGCUAGAGUCAGACCUCCGUCCUCUGCUGCUCGGUCCCAGAGGGCCAGUAGCACCCUGCAUCCUGCUGGAUGACACAGGAAUGCUGGGACCAAAUCCUGCUCGGACACCUCUCCUGGCAGCACUCUCAAGUCGAGAGGUUUAACGAGCCCUUUUAUGGCCCAAGAGACUUUCCCAGGUUGCAAAGUAGAGACAGGAGGUUGUGCAGGUCGCCACAAGCAGGUCUUUUGCAAGCCGGGUGCCUCUUGCUGUGGAUUGCUCCCAGAACACAGCAAUAUUGUGCCCUCCUUUUCCUUCCAGUGCCCGAGAUGAGCCAGAAAAAAUGUGCUGUAGUCAAGGCCAUGAGGUGCAUGCUUGGUGAUCAGAGCACUGAGGUGAAGAAGGCCGUCCUUCAUUUCGUCAGGACACUGCUCAGUGUGCAGGGCCUGGAUGACUGGGCCUGGGACUUAGUGGCCUAUAAUUUCAAGCAGUCCAGCUUGUCUAGGAGCC